CAUCAUUAUUCAUCAUUAAUGUGAAAAUAUUAUUAAUAAUGUUAAAUAAUUAUUUUGUUCGCGUUAUAUUAUUUAUUUAUAUUUUAAUAUUACAAUGGUUCAUUGUUGCGUUAUUUGCAAGUCAGUAAUGGGUGACAUGACUUUAUCAUUCAAUUUGUAAGUACCAUAGAAUAAAAUAAAAAGCAUUUUAUGAUAGCGUUUUCGGAAAUGUGUGAUAAAGCAACAUGCCCUAUUUCCACAGAUCAGUAUACUAAUCUUUAAGGCAGAAUACUUGCAUCAUUUGUAUAUUUGUAAAUUUGUUUUGCAUAUUAACAAAAAUAGCAAAGUACGAAACAAAGCUAGUUUUGAAAUUUUAUUUUACAUAUAAAUGCAUAUUACGAGUUUUUUUUAUUUUAGAGUAUAUUUCUUCCAUUUUAUACUUUUAAAUAAUUUAUCAUUCUAAUCAUUCUAUUUUAUAUAAAACCAAAAUUGAAUUGAAUUUAAAAUUAUUAAUAAGGGCCGCCAAUUAGAUUAAUUUUAUUUUUAAACAGUAAAUAUGAACAAGUUUUUUUUUAGGAUCACAAGAAGAAUUUUCAAGAAAUUAAAUUAAAUUUUUAAAAAAAUCAUAUAUAUAUGUAUUUAAAUAAAUAUGUACAAUGUACAAUAAUACCACGUAAAAGUCACAAGUCACACGUGAAGAACGCCAUCUAUCUAUGACCGGUUUUCGUGUACAAUUGGAUUUUUUUUAUUAUCUAUGAUAAACAUCUACUAUCUUCAAUUUGUAGGUGUCUAGAGAUAUGGUUAUGCUCGAAUAUUCGAAAUAUGCUUUACAGCCAAUAUCGGUAGGUACCUAUAUGAUAUAGGUAAAUACUUUUACAAUUUAUUUCCAUGAUGCCCUAAACGACCGAAGGGGUUUGGUAUGCAUCAAGUUUUUAGCUAAAUCGUUGUAAAAUUUAAAGAACUAAGAUCGGUCAUAGUGAUUCCGAUCAACCACAGUGUUUCAAAACGGCUUGCGCCGGCGAAUUUAAUGAAAAUAUUAUUACUAUUUUCCAUAGCUUCUGUAGCUAAUUUGUAUUUAAAAUAACGCGUACACAAUAUUAUCUAUUCAUUAUAAUAUACACGUGUACAGUCAUGUGACAUGAAAUUCAAAUAUUGAAUUAAUUAUUUGGACUAUUAAGAGUAGGUACCUGCCUGGUUAUUAACUGCUACCGCAAAGCAAUACCAUUGAUUAUGAAUAUUAAUUGUUUAUAACCUGUAGGUACCUAGUACCUACUGUAGGUGUUAUUAAUUGUAUAGUUUAUGAUUAUCUAUUUCAUUUAUUUCUAUUGUUAAAAACAUAAUAAUUUUUUUAUUUAAAAUUAGUUGUUUUUUUUUUAACAAUAUCCAUAACCUUCGGGUAAUUAGUUGUUCCUAAUAAUUAAAUAUAAAUAAAAUGAAUAUUGUUAAUAAAUUUUCAUUAUUCAAUGUACCCAAAUAUAUUUCUAGCCGUUUGAAACGAUAUUCCUCUCAUUUUGUUUAUCAUCCAGAACAAAUUUCUAAUGAAAUUGGUAAAAAUUGUAUACUAUUAUUUUAAAAUUACUAAACAUACCUAUGUUCCAUUUUAAUAUUGUAUUUUCCAGGUAAAACUACUAAGAAGAAUAUGUACCAGGCGAUAAAUAGUGCUUUGGAUUUGGUACUGAACAAAGAUCCGAAUAGUGGUAAUAUAAUAUAUAAGAUUCAUUUGUCUUACUAAUUAAAAUUAGUUAAUAAAUUAAAAUUGAUUAGGUAUUAUUUAAUUUGAAAUUCCUAGACAUCAAAUAUAUAUAUAAUAUAUUAUUUUAUUACUUUAUAUAUGCAUUAUUUAUGUUUAAAUUUUAUUCAAGACUUUUUUUACCUAUAAAGUAUUUUGAUUAUCUUAAGAAAUUUAUUUUAAAACAAUUUUAUAAUUAAUGAUGCUUUUCUAUAAGUUAGGUUAGUUAUAUUAAAGACCAUUAAUUAUUUUUAUCUUUUUUGAAAAAUACUUCUGUAUUUUUCAUUUAAUAAAUAAUAAGUAAUUUAAAUCAAUUUACUGUAUCAAUUAAUAUUUAUAACUAAUAAACCAAUUAUACUACACAUAUUUUAACGGUAUGAUUAAAAAGCAAUAAUAAAAAGUUUUUCUUAACAACUAAUUAUGUUUAACUAAUUAUGGUUAUAUGUAAAUAUGUGUUUAUAAUUUUUUUUAUUAAACACAAAAAUGUUUAAUUUCUAUAAUUAUAUUUUCUCAUUUGAGUGUUAAUUAUUAAUUUGUACACUAAUUGUCUGAUCAUCUGUAGAUUACUUAUUAUAGUUAUUCUAUAAUUAUUUAAAAAGAUCAAACAAUAUUUUUAAUUAUAAUUAAAUACUAAAUGUAUAUAAAUGUACAGUAAAUUGUGCUUAUGAAUUAAAAUUUAAUAGGCAUACCUAUUUAAAAAAGAAAAGUUGCUAAUGUUAAAGUAUUGUAUAGUUUAUUGUGUUAUUUAUAUUAUAUGUAAUUGAAGAUAAACAAAUAUCAGAUUUGAAUGAAUUCAUUUGUAUUAAAUGUAUUAAAAUUAAAAUUUUAGUUGUGUUUGGUGAAGAUGUUGGAUUUGGUGGCGUAUUUAGAUGUACCAUGGGGUUACGUGAUCGAUAUGGUAAGGACCGUGUUUUUAAUACACCACUAUGUGAACAGGGGAUUGUUGGUUUUGGAAUUGGUCUUGCUGUAGCUGGUACUACAGCAAUAGCAGAAAUUCAAUUUGCUGAUUACAUGUAUCCUGCAUUUGAUCAAGUAUUUUAAUAUUGCUAUAAAAAUAAUUAUCAUUUAAUAAAAAAAUUAUCAUAUUAGUGUAUUAAUGUGCAAAAUGUAUUUUUAGUUAGUUAACGAAGCAGCAAAAUAUCGAUACCGAUCUGGUAAUUUAUUUGACUGCGGUAAACUAACUGUUCGUACUCCAUGUUCUGCUGUUGGUCACGGUGCGCUUUAUCAUUCCCAGAGUCCUGAAAGUUUUUACGCUCAUUCACCAGGACUUAAAGUAACUAUUUAGUUAUUUAUUUAGUUUAAAUGAUUUAAUUAUUAUAUAAUCAAUAAUACUAUUACUUAUGAUAUAUUAACUAAUUUUAAAUUCUGAGCGAAGUGAAGAAUGUUGUAUGUUUGAUUAUUUUUUUCUUCCUAAAUAAUUUUCUUCUGAAAAUUUGGCUCUAAUCAAAUAUUUGAUUAAAAAAUAAUAAUUAGAUGAUACGAGACCUUUUUUGGUGCUUUGGAGAAGUAUAUUUUUAAAUUUUUUAAUCAUAAUAUUUUGGAAAGCAAAAAAUUUUACUGCAUUAAUAAUCUUAGUAUAGUUGAUUAUUUUUUUUUUUUGUCAUAUUCAGUUAAAAAUAAUCGUAAAGAAUUUACGAUUUUAAAGUAGCUUCUUCUAAAUGUGUUGAAAUUUUUAGAACAUUUUGGCAAUUUUUAAUUAUUUAUAUUAAUUUGACAUAAUUUUUGAGUUUUUCAAAUUCUUAUUUAGUUUAAUGUAGAUAAAAUUGUUGGACUGUACAGAAAUGCUUGAUAUAAUUUAAUAAGCGGUUUGUAAUAAGUUUAACUUCAUGGUCCAAAACAAAUCUGACCUUAAUAAAGCGUUAAGAUAAAUUUGUUGAAGAAAAUUGCAAAAAUCACUGCAUUUCAUAAAAUAACUGAACUUCCUUCAAAAUUGUUUUUCAUCAUCAAUGAUUUAUCACUGUCUUCAGAUCUACUAUUUAUAUGAAUGAGAUUUAAAUUUAUUUAUCUUUAAUCUAUUAAAUUUUAGUAUAACUCAAUGUAAAAUUUAUGUAUAAGAUUUACACAAACUUUUGAAAUAUUUGUAUGCUGCCCAUCUAGGAUGAAUGCUAUAAGUCGAAAAAAAAUGUAUAUUAUAUAACUUAAUUUAAAUUAUUGAUAAUCAUUUCAUUGUCGUGCAUUGACUGCACAAGUAUCUAGUGCAGUUAUCGAUAAUAUUUUAAUUGUCAUGCAUUGAUCGCACACUGUUUAACUAUAUAUAUAUAUAACUAUAUAAGUUUUCGAUAUAAAAAUACAAUUAAUGUUACAGUAGAUUUACAAAAAGUUAUGUUACCAUGUGUUGAUACAUUCAAAAAAGUUUUAUUUCCAAAAAGACUAGUUGCUAUGAAAGUUUUGUGGACGUUGAAGGAAAUAAAAUAAACAUUGUUUUUCAUUUUCACGUUUGUGGCAUGAAGGUAUUAGUGGACGUAAAAAAAAAAAAGUUAUUCAGUACCUUUUAUUGCAAUGUCCAUGAGUUGACGAUUUGGUUAGAUAACUGAAGUAGUGAAAACAAAAACUGGUGUUUAUCAUUUUCAGUACAAAUUGUCAACUAAAAUGAUAUUUGUGCACAAGAAAUUAUCAAGAAGGGCACACAUUUAUGUCAGCUGAUAGUUUCCACGAUCAAGUAGAACUAUCCUUAAAACACUGGAAGAAACCCUAUAAUUUCAGAUAUUUUACUAAUGCAGUAGGGUCUAUAGGUCAGUAGCUAUUAAAGGACAUGAUGUAAAAAAAUUGAAUAUUCUAUUUUUUUCCAAUGGAAAUAUUUUAAUUCAUAGCAAAUAGUUUUAAUAAUAUUUUAAAUGUUCAAACCAAUUUUAAAAAUAAUAUCUUAUUUAAAUACAUUUUAGAUAAUAAUAAGUAAAUAAUUUAUAAUUCUUAACAUUUCUAUGUUUAAUAUUAACUAAUUUUAAAUAAUUUCUCCUAUUAAAAAUAAAUUAUUUCUAUAUUCUAUGUAUUUCUUCUUUAAAUUUUUUAUAUUCAGUCGCAUUUUACAUUUUGACUGAUAUACUUGGUAAUGAAUUUUUAAUUCGAAACCGGUCUUAUAAUACAUUUAUCAUAAUACUCCUGGCAACGCAUUCAUUAAUUUAUUUAUUUUAUUUUAUUUUUAUGUGUAUAUUUUUUAUUUAUAUAUUUAUUUACUAUAUUUGCAUAACAAAUACUAUCAAAAUCCUAAAAUAGAGUAUCAUUGAAGGCAUUGUAUCCAUAAAAGCUGAACAGGGAAAAUAUGUUUUGUUUAUGAAAAGUCAGUUUAAUGAUAAAAAGAAUACAAUAUUGGAUUUUACAAAAAAAAAAAAAAAAAAAAAAAAAAAACAUGAAAUAUAACAGAAUACAUUUAACACCAUUGAAUACCAAAAGAGAAAUAUAUAAUUAAUUUAAUUAAAAUGAUUUUAUAUAUAUAUAUAUAUAAAGAAACAUUAUAAUUUUUUAAUUGAACAUUGAGUAAAGUAUAACUAGCUAUUUAUAAUAUUUAUAAUAAACUGAUAUAUACUGAUAAAUAAUAUACAGCGUUUUUUUCUUCAAUUAUUAUAUCACUACAUUUUAGUAUACCGGGUAAAAAAACCGUAACAGAAUUACCUUUGCAUUUUUACAAAGCAAACAGAUGUAAUUAAUUAAUACUAUAUUUUGUAUAAAUAUCAAAAUCAGAAAAUCUUGAUAGAAUUGUAAUUGAAAAUAAAAUUUGAAUGUUCUAUUGAAUUUGUCAGGUACCUUAGCUUUAGGAAAUUAUGGUUUUAAUAUUAAAAAAGAGUUUAUAUGUGGAUGGGAGCGACCACUAUUGUAGGUGAGAAUUUGGGAAGGUGGGAUACAUAAAGUUAUUUCAUUUAUAUCUGUAAGAAAUGAUAAACCAUUACUUGACGAAAGACGAUUCCUAGCUCAGUUCAAGAUAUAAUUUGAAGUGCCCUAAUUUGAUUUCAAAACGUUAUAAAAAAAAAAAAAUAAAUAAAUUUGUCCGAUAAUUUUGGAAAUUUUACCACGUCUAGGUAAGUCCAAUAUAAGUAUUGUUACCAAGUUUCAAGUCUCUACGUGUAUUUUUAACCAAUUUACAGCAAAAAACUCCCAAAAAUUUAAAUUUCUUAAAUGCUCAAAAAUUUUGACGAUGAUAUCGUAAGAAAGUAAAUCAUAAAAGCAACAAAAAAUGUAUCUUGUGAUUUUUCGAUAAAAUUAUUUUUUCUGGUAGAAAACGUCCGUGUUUUUAUAAAAUAAUGAAAUUGUGAAAUUGUAUGUUUUCCUACGUUUUUUCUACUUAGGUGCUUUUAUUUAAAAAUGGCGUCUUAAAAUCAAAAAAUGCCCUGUUUGAAGUACCAUUUAGACAACUUGAGCUUUCAGAAAAGUUGGUACAUGUAAAAAUCGUGUCCACAGAAUAGAAAAAAAAAAUUAACAUCUUAGUAAAGACAAUAGUUCCCUCGCUACGUUCGGAAUCUAAAGUAUUAUAUUUAUGAAAAUAGCACUACCAAAAGAGAUUAAACAUAAAAAUGUAUUUUUCUGAAAAAGGCACACAGGACACUUAUACUCCUUAGAAGGGCAGUAUAUACUUCCUAUGUAUUUUAUGUAUAAUGAAAUUAACUUUUAAAUAAAUACAUAUUUAAUGCAAUAUGUUUUUACAAAUAUUUAAAAUAAUAAUUAUAGAUCGUAAUGCCUCGAAGUGCCUAUAAAUCAAAAGGAUUACUUCUAUCUUGUGUGCGGGAUCCAAAUCCAUGCAUAUUUUUUGAACCCAAAAUUAUGUAUAGGAUAGCCGUAGAUGAAGUGCCAGAUGAUGAUUAUGAACUACCAUUGGGAAAAGCUGAUGUGCUAGUCAAAGGCAGAGAUAUCACAUUAAUAGGUUGGGGUACUCAAGUUCAUGUGUUACUUGAAGUUGCAGAAAUGGCUCAAAAGGAAUAUGGGAUUUCUUGUGAAAUUAUCGAUUUAGUGACUAUAUUGCCUUGGGAUAAACAAACAGUAACAAAUGUAAGAACUAUCAACAUAUUUUUUUUUAGUUUUACUUUAAUUCCUAUCAUUUUUAAAUUCUAUUACUGUGUACAAUUUACCAUCCUAUUUUUUUAGUCUGUAAAAAAAACUGGCCGCGCAAUAGUAUCCCAUGAAGCUCCUUUGACUGGUGGAUUUGGGGCUGAAAUAACUGCUUCAAUACAAGUAAUUUCUUUGGUUUAUUAAAUUAAUAGCAUGUAUUUUCAUAUGGCUAUUAUUUAAUUUAGGAAGAAUGUUUUCUACAUUUAGAAUCUCCAAUACGACGUGUAACAGGUUAUGAUACUCCGUUUCCACAUGUUUUUGAGCCAUUUUACUUACCGAACAAAUGGAAAUGUUUACAAGCCAUUAAAGAGUUAGUAAAUUACUGAUUCAUGUAUAAUGCCUGUCAUAUAUGCUAUGGUUUACCUGAGAGGUCUACUUGCACAGUUGUGUCUAUGCAGGUAGUGGUCUGCAUAAGUUAUUGAGUUAUAUAUGUUUGUUUUGUUACAUUGUUAUUUGUUACCAAUUAUGAUUUUUUGACAGACUAGCUUUUAUAAUAUAAUAAAUUAAUUAAAUUCUAAAUUAAUUUGUUUGUUUUAUUAUUAAUUUACACAUAUCUUUAUCUUAGAUCUACUACUGUUGUUAUUGAUUGUUACCUACACUAGUGGUUUUCAUCCUGGGAGUUUUGACCCACAAAGGAGUCAUAAGUGAUAGUCAGGGAGUCGCCAAAAACCAAAAGUAUCAUGUAUAAAAUGCAUAUUAUAUUAAAUAAUAAUUGAAGGAGACAUAAUACAUGAGAAAAAAAAAUGAAGAAGGUUGUAAUUCAUUACAGAUUGAAAAUCACUAACCUACACCUACCUAUUUUAUAAUAUAAUUUGUUAUUAUU